AACAUGCCCAACUGGAAUCAAAUACAAUCGCAACUGCGCAGCUCAAACAAUCCCGUGGUGUUCUUUGAUAUAACUGUGGGCACAACGGAAAUUGGACGCAUGAUAUUUGAGUUAUUUGCGGACACUGUGCCGCGCACAGCCGAAAACUUUCGACAAUUCUGCACGGGCGAAUAUCGGCCGGACGGUGUGCCCAUUGGGUACAAAGGGGCCAGCUUUCACAGAGUCAUCAAGGAUUUCAUGAUACAAGGCGGAGAUUUCGUCCAAGGUGAUGGCACUGGUGUGACCAGUAUCUAUGGGAAUACAUUUGCCGAUGAGAACUUUACGUUAAAACACGAUUCACCUGGUCUUUUGGCGAUGGCCAAUAGCGGCCGCGACACCAAUGGCUGUCAAUUCUUCAUCACCUGUGCCAGGUGUAAUUUCUUGGAUGGCAAACAUGUGGUCUUUGGACGUGUGUUAGAUGGUCUCUUGAUUAUGCGAAAAAUUGAGAAUGUGCCAACGGGACCUAAUAAUAAGCCAAAACUACCGGUUACUAUAUCGCAAUGUGGACAAAUGUAGCGUGUGUUGUUGUGUGUGUUUGUAUAAUACAUUUACAAUACAGUACAAGACGAGUAUAACGACCAUUUAUCUACUACUAAA